AGUAUCACAGCUGUCACCUGUCAAAGUAAUCAGUGAUGUGGCUCAUCGGGAUGCUUAUCAAAUAAUGCAAAAAUGUUCACUUUAAAGCUUUUAUUUCUUGUGAUACUUGCGGUAAUUCCUCAAAAUGUUAUAUCAAAUAUAUCGGACAAAAGAUUGUGUGCCAACCAGGAAUGCACAGAACGAAUAUCUCUCGCAAGAACCGUUUUACGCUAUAAUAGUCCCGAAAAGGGGUUAUUAUCGGUGCCGCAAAACAAAGAGGUAAUCGUUUUUAGUAAAUCAGCUGGUUCAAACAUGGAUUUGUGGGGGGUUGAAUACAAUGGAAAAAGGGGAUAUUUGAACAAGAAAUUUUUAAGGGAAACCCGCAUAUUUAAAAAGGAGCUUCCGUUUCUCGUUGAUACAGAAUUUGCUAAGCUCGAAAAGGUGCCUUCCUCAGAUCAUUCUGAGGACAUUUUACCUAAUCAACAGACUGAAGUAAUCGAUGGUACCACCAUUACCUUAAGUCCUAAUGAUAUUAACCCAAGUGCCACACAAGAAAAUGUUAAACCAACAGAGAGUGUUUUAAACACUCUCAAUGAAGAAUCAGAAAAUGAAGAUGAUGAUGAAGGAGAUGAUGAUGAUGAGGAUGGUGAAGAUGAUGAGGAUCAAGAGGAGGAAGUACAAAUAAUUGAUGAUCCAAUUAUUACAGUACAUAAAGGUGAAAUAAAUGGUUCAGAUGAGUCUAAAGGAGAAAAAGAAUAUGGAAUGGAUAUAAAAAGUCAAGAAGAUAUUAUAACCAAAGGUUCGAUAACUUCAAGGAGUUUAUUACAGCAUGAUGAAGAAAUUGUUUCAACAGAUGAUGUUUUUAAAAAAGAAACUGUGAACUCUGAGGAUGAUAUACUUGAUAAUUCUAAAUCUGAAGAAGUAAUAAAAGAAAGUGUGGUUGUAACAACAGAAAACGUUUUGGAUGUUCCAUUUAAUGAUGAUUCAGCAAAAAUUGAGACAGUUACUGAAAAUCCUGGACUAUUGAAAGAAAAUGAUGAAGAUGUUAAAAAUAGUAGUGAUGAUAGCUUCUGGGGUUUUGGAUUAGGAAAUAUACAGAAAGAAAUUAAUGCCAUAUUUGAGGAUGAAGGGAAUGAGUUGGAAAAAAAUGCUUCAGAAGAAAACAAUGUUCAAAAUUCUCAUGAAGAAGUUCCAAAAGAGGAAAAUAUUCCUUCUGUACCAAUUCAAAUUGAAAAUAACAAUGAAAAUGUUGAUGUAAAAGCUGAAAGUACUGAAAAUAUUGAACAAGUUAAUGAAAAUCAUAAAAUUGAGGUUGAAGAUGAUACAAAGAAAGAAAAUAGUUUAUUAGAAUCAGUCCAAAUUGACAAUAAUGAUAUUGUAAAAAGUGAAAAUGUUGAAGGGAACGAUGAAAAUAUGAAUAUUACUGUUGAAGAACCUAAAAAAGAGGAUACACCAUUAGAAUUGGAUUCAGUAGAAGAAGCUGAUGUAAAUGUUGGUAUGGUUGAAAUAGAAAAUCUUGAUAAGAUUGAUGAAAAUAACAAUAUUAUUGUUAAAGAUGUUUUAAAAGAGGAAAAUACACAAAUUAAAGAAGUUAAAGAAAAUCUUGAUACAGUAAAAAUUGAAAAUUCUGAUAAUUCUCAAAAGAACAACGAAAUUAAUUUAAAUGUAUUAUCAGAAAAUCCAUCUCAAUUUGAACCAAUCACGCCAAUUAAUACUGAUUUUGAUCCCCAAAAGAUUGUUCAAGACACUCAAACUCCUAAUAUUGUUGAAGAUAUAAAUGUAGAAAUACCAAUACCGGAAAAUACAAUUAUUCCUGAAACACCAAUAAUCGAUAAUAUUAAUAAUAAUAAUAUUAAUCAAGAUUUAACUCAAAAUGAAAUUCCAUCAUUGAAUGAAAAUCUUGAUUUAAUUCAAAACAAUCAAGAAUUUGUUCCUAAUAUUGCUGAAGACCAUCACUCAAUUAAUACCACUCCUGAAAAUCCGUCUGAAAAUUUAGAACUUGAUUCUGAAAAAGAAUCGGAUUCUGGUGGAUGGUAUAAUAGUUUUUUUGGUACUACUGAAGAUGCCCAUGGUAAUGAAAAUGUUAUAGAAGAACCUCAUUUGCAAGAAAAUGUUGAGGAAAAUGUUGUUAGUAGUGAACAAACUCAACAUGAACAUAACAUUUGGACGAAUCCGUUUCAUUCUUCAAAAGAAGAAUUAAAUAAUGAACCGCCAUCUGUUGAAGAAAUAGAUUCUUGUUCUACUAACGCGGAUGAUUGUUCAAACUUUUUGGGUACCAUUCAAAAUCAAUUAGAUAUGGAUUUUAGCAGUAUAAAUUUCUCCGAUAUCUUAAACUUGAUUACAGUAUUAGGAAUAACUGGAAUAAGUAUCGUGAUAUUUUUACUUGGUUACAUUGCUAUUGAUAAAAGCCGCCGGGAAACACCGUUGGUGGCUAAAAUUAACAAACUAGAAAAAGCGCUUCUCAUUUCUACAAAAGAAAAUCAGAUUUUAAAGGAACAAGUAGCGGAAUCUGAAAGUGAAUCUAAAGAACAAGAUGUGGUUACAUCGAAAAUUUAUACGGAAUUAGAAGAUUGUAAUCGACAAUUGAUGGCUGCUAAGACAAUACUUGAAGAUCAGGUGCAAAGUUUAGAAAAAGAGUUGGAAAAUUCAACGGAAGUUGGAUUUGAAUUAAAUAGAAUGUUAUCGGAGAUAUUAAAAUCGCAAAGCGGGAGUGAUAUGUUAGUUGCGAAUAUCGAAAAUUUACAGAGACAAUUGGUCGAGCAACAAGGAACGAUUAAUUCAAUUAACGCGACUUUAAACCUAAAGGAUACCGAAAAUCAUGAGUUACAAUUAGAAUUGGAAAUAAAAAAUAAAAAGGUAAUCGAUUUGCAAGCUGAAUUAGAUAAAAUGGCUUUGAGUUUAUUGAAAGUUGAAGAAGAAAAAGAUCAAAUGCAGUCGAAGCUUGAAAUUGAACUCCAAAAAAUGAAAGAAGAAUUAAAUAAUACAAAAAUAUCUUUUGGUGGGAAUAAAAACAAAUUAACCGAAGAAAUAAAUAGUUAUAAAAAACGUUUAGCAGAAUUACAAAAAUCUUUCGAUUUAAAAUCGAGUGAAUAUAAUAUUUUAAAAGAAAAUUUCAAUCAAAUCAAAUCCAUUAAGAAUAACCAAGAAGUAAUGAAAGAUUUAUUACAAUCAGUUACCUCUAAAGCUGAACUCGCCGAGUUACAAAAAGAAAAUAACAAUCUAAACCAAUUAUUGGUUCAAGAAAGGCAAAUUAAAGUUUCAUUGGAGGAACGCGCCCAAGAUAUAUUAAAGGAAAUGAAUCUUUGUAAAGAAAAAUACGACGAAGUGGACAAAGAAAAAUUGGAAGCUCAAACUAAAUUGGAAGUUUUAGGAAAUUAUUUUAAAGAAAGAGAAGCAGAAUUGCAAAAGGAAUUAGCAAAACAAGAAGCUCUUUGGCAAGAAAAACAGGGUGAGGCCACAUCUUCGACUGAACGAAUACGAUAUAUCAAGGAAGAAUUACAAAAUUACAAGAGUCAAAACGAAUUGCUGAAACAAGAAAUCGUUUCUCAGGAGGUCGAGUUGAAGAGUCAAAUUUCCGUUUUGGAAAAGAAAGCUCAUGAAAGCUGGCUUUCAGCUCGACAGGCUGAACGAAGACUUGAAGAUGCAAAACAAGAAGCAGCGCAGCUACGAAAUAGACUUACAUUAAAAGAACGCAGUUUUACCGAAGAUAAAGGACAACAUCGUGUCCAAUCUCCUUUAGAACAAAACGGCGAAAUUAUUGAGUCUCCAGCUUCCCCCCCUCUGCUUUAUACGACCCCCCAUGACCACCAUCUUACGACAUCUCCUGGUCCACUGCCUCCCGGUUUACCGCCGUUCCUGCCUCCACCACCACCCGGCGUACCACCAUUUAUGCCACCUCCAAUCCCCGGUGUACCUGGUUUUAUGCCGCCGCCACCAUCCAUGUUCCCAGUAGACCAUAGACCACCUCCGUUGGGUCGCAUGUCAUCCCCUCCGCUUAAUUCUAGGUACUCACCAGACUCUUCGAGAUACAGCGAUCGGUACGACGACAGGAACAACAGUCCGAGUCCACCCCCGUACGACGAAGACGAUCGUUAUGGACCAGUUUCACCACCCCCCAGACACGGUAGACCAUACAGCCCAUAUAGAAACGAUAGGAGGGAGUAUAAAAGACCAAGUGUGGGUGGUGGAAGAAUUAAUGGUAGAAAUAAAGGGGAUGCUAGUUCGGGAUCAGAGAAUUCAAAUAGUGAAACAAUAGAUAGAACAAACAGGCAUCACACUAAGAUCUAGCACUUAUCCUGUUGCUUCUACUACUGAUUUGAAAAUACGUUUGUCGUCAUAGAAACUAUUAGUUGUUUAUUCUUCAUAAUAUGUAUGUAUUAUUUAAUUAUUUAGUAGGUGCCUAAUAUUAAUCCAAAUAUUAUUUUUCUAUCUCCCGUUUUUUUGUAUAUAAUCGUAAUAAAAAUGGCCGCAUUUUUUUCCUUCAAAAAGAAUCUGUAUAAAUCCUUGCAUAUAAAUAUGUAUAUAAUUCUUCUGGUUUUUCAGCGCUCAAAUCUUUGCCAAGCUAAUUCUUUACUCCAACAUAUUCCCUUAUAGAUUUUUAAAUGAUUCUAAUUACAAUUAGGUCAUUUCUUUUUUCAUUUGGUUAGUGUUAUUUAUGUUUAUACACCUAAACAUGUAUAAAAGUUUGUAAUUAUAUAAUAUUUACGAAUUACAAA